UUGCCAACGAUGCAAUGCCUCGUUUUUCGGAUGAACCCUGGGCAUAGGCACCUUCUGUGUGCCGCGGUCAUCUCGAAGAGGCGGUACCACCCUCGUCUUCUUUGAUAUUUUGUGAUAAGCUUCAGUAGAGAUCACCCUACGGACCCAAAGUACCCGGUAAAGACCGGACUCUGGGCUUUAUGUUUACCGAAGAGAAGCUGGAGAGGAAGCUGGAGCCAUGGGAUUCUUCUUCAGCCUUCAAUGAACUGAACUAAGCUGGACCCACAUAACUCAGCCAACCUGCCCCUGCCUACAGUGGGGGCUCCCUUCUCCCCCUCGCCCUCUCCAGCUAUGGCAGGCUUCAAGCGGGGCUAUGAUGGCAAGAUCGCUGGCCUGUAUGACCUGGACAAGACACUGGGCCGUGGCCACUUUGCCGUCGUCAAGCUGGCGCGCCACGUCUUCACUGGGGAGAAAGUGGCGGUGAAGGUGAUCGACAAGACUAAGCUGGACACCGUGGCCACAGGGCACCUUUUCCAGGAAGUCCGGUGCAUGAAGCUGGUCCAGCACCCCAAUAUUGUGCGCCUGUAUGAAGUGAUAGAUACUCAGACCAAGCUUUACCUCAUCUUGGAGCUAGGCGAUGGAGGGGAUAUGUUUGACUACAUCAUGAAACAUGAGGAAGGUCUGAAUGAAGAGCUGGCUAAGAAAUACUUUGCCCAGAUUGUCCAUGCUAUCUCCUACUGUCAUCGGCUACAUGUGGUGCACAGGGACCUCAAGCCAGAGAAUGUGGUGUUCUUCGAGAAACAAGGGCUGGUCAAGCUCACAGACUUUGGAUUCAGUAACAAGUUUCAGCCAGGGAAAAAACUGACAACCAGUUGUGGAUCUCUGGCAUACUCUGCACCGGAAAUACUGCUCGGAGAUGAGUACGAUGCUCCAGCCGUAGACAUCUGGAGCCUCGGUGUGAUCCUGUUCAUGUUGGUAUGUGGCCAGCCACCCUUCCAGGAGGCUAACGACAGUGAGACCCUCACCAUGAUCAUGGACUGUAAAUACACUGUACCAGCCCAUGUCUCCAGCACCUGCAAAGACCUGAUAGACCGUAUGCUUCAGAGGGACCCCAAGCGACGGGCAUCCCUGGAGGAGAUUGAGAGCCAUGCCUGGCUGCAGGGGGUCGACCCGUCCCCAGCCACCAAGUACAACACUCCCCUGGUCUCCCACAAGAACCUGUCAGAGGAGGAACACAACAGCAUCAUCCAGCGCAUGGUGCUCGGGGACAUCGCAGACCGAGAGGCCAUAGUCGAAGCCCUGGAGACCAACAAAUACAACCACAUCACAGCCACAUACUACCUGCUAGCAGAGAGGAUCCUGAGGGAGAAGCAGGAGAAGGAGGUCCAGACCCGCUCCUCCAGCCCCAGCAACAUCAAGGCACAGUUCAGGCAGUCGUGGCCCACCAGAGUUGACAUGCACCAGGACAUAGAGGACAGCCUGGCAGCGUCCUCUAUCUCCCAUGCUGGAGGCCCUCAGUCCCCCGCCCGCAGCGCAGAGAACCUGCUCAACGGACAUCGCUCCAAAGGCUUGCUAGAGCUGGGCCGACGAGAGGAAACCACAGUGACCGACUCUGCAGGACCGCCAGCACAGGGAGCCUGUGCUGCCACCUCGGGCCCCACUCCUGGGUCUGGUUCUGGGACCACCAGGGCUCCUACGCCAUCCACCUCAGCAGGAGCCAAGCAGAGAACCUGCCUAUUCAGGGUGGAGGAGGAUGAGGAGGAGGAGGAAGAGCAGGACCCGUCUCCCCUCCCGACACAGGUGAUCCUGCGCCGCAAGCCCCCGUCCAUCACCAACCGCCUCACCUCCAGGAAGAGCGCGCCGGUGCUCAACCAGAUCUUCGAGGAGGAGGGGGAGUCGGACGACGACUUUGACAUGGAUGAGGGUUUACCGCCCAAACUCAGCCGCCUCAAGAUGAACAUGGCUGGAAACGCUGCCAGCCUGAGCUCCGGGGCCGGCUCCUCCUCGUCCCCGGGGUCCACGCAGAAGCGCUACCACCGGCGCAAGAGCCAGGGGAGGGGGUCGUCGUGUUCGAGCUCUGAGACGAGCGAUGAUGACUCCGAGAGCCAUCGGAGGCGUCUGGAUAAAGACUCGGGCUUUGGUUACGGCUGGAACAGAAGGGACAGCAGUGAGGGGCCGCCUGGCAGCUCGGGGGGCAACGGGGGAGGCAGCAGCUCGGGGCAGAGUAAACCUCCCGGCGAGGGAGGUGGAACCUCUGGGCCAGAUAGGGGGAGUCCUCCUGGAGGAGGUGGGAAUGGCGGAGGAGGGGGUGGUGGUGGUGGAGGGGGAAGUGGAGGAGGAGGAGGGGGUAACAAAGGACAAGACAGCCCCUCCAGUUGUUGUAACAACAGUAGCACUACUAACCCCGCCCUCAGCUCUCUGCCCCGCCCGUCCCGCGCCGCCAGCCGCAGCACCGAGCUGGUGGAGAGCCUGAAGCUGAUGAGUCUGUGCCUCAGCUCCCAGCUGCAGCACCAUCGAGGCGGACGUGGGGGUCGAGGGGGAGGAGGAGGGGGGAAGAUCAUCAUAGACCCUCGCAACCUCUCAGGAGGGAGCGUAAAAAUCCAGGAGAAAUCGGCCUGGAGGAUGUGCAUUGGCUCCACCGGGAGCCUGGACACCAUCACCCUCCCCACCACCGCGCUGCCUCGCACCCACGCCGCGCAGCACCAUCACCGCAAAACAGUGGCGCACGGCCCCCCUGGCCUGCAGGCGGGGCCGGGCAGCAGGGACGCUCACAGCAACCUGAGUGCUUUGAAAAACGGCGUGCUUCAACUACCUCUGUGUGAGAAGACCAUCUCCGUCAACAUCCAGCGGGGCGGAGGCUCCAGGGAUGGCCUGCUCUGUACCUCAGCUCCGGCCAGCUGCUGCCAGGUCAUCUGAAGCCCUCUGACCCUCCGUGGACCAUCAACCCUCACCUGCUACAACCAGCUGAAAACCAACCCGCUCCCUCCAUGCUCGCCUCUCCACCUCAGUCCCUCUACACGUCACCCCCUUCAGAUCAGAUUAGGUUGAGCCUUGUGAUUUAGUCUUGUGUUUAGCUGUAGCAGAUAGCUGACCUCACAUCAGCUCACCAUCAACACACCUGCCUUCUGCUGUUGUCUUAGCUCUCAGCACUGUGUGGCUCCACUGCACCUUACUGUCACUGUGUUUCCUGUGCUCUGCUUACUGUUCAUAUGUCUGUGCAUGUUGUUUAUGGUUGCUUUUAGCGUUUAUUAGUGAGUUCAGUAUGUUCUUCAUUUCAUCCUUGUUUUAUGACCCCCAGCUUCCUUUCAGAUUAGUGGAAGUUACGAUCUUGCUAACAGUUUGCUGGUAUUAGAACGUUUGGGGCUUGAUUUUAUGUAUAUGGAGUAGUAGGAGAACACUUUUUUUUUUUUUUUUAGCUGAGUGGAGUACUGUGUUGGAAAAAAAUGUCAAAACAUGAAACUAUUUUGAGAAACUUUUUUUAAUAUUUUGAGAUAAAGUUGUAAUUUUCCAUAAAAGUUGUAUCGAUUCAAGCAGGGCUGGCCUCACAGUAUAAGUUGAAGUGCUGACAGUAACGGCGUGUGAAGGUUUAUUCGUUGUCCUUAAAAAGGGGUAAAGCGCUGGUAGGGCAUCCGCAUGGCAGCUGUUCUCUUGGCUGUAUUAAUAGGACAUAUUUCACAUAUUACAGAGAUAUUUUCUGAACAAUUAUUGUGCAGAGCUGAAAAAGUAUGUAACCUUUUCUCAAAUAACUUCCAUCAGGCACAUUUUUACUUCUUCUUUAUUCCCCGCUGCUGCUCCAUGAUUCACUUGACGUUUGCAGAGGACACAUUUUUUAGCUUUUCUCAUUUGCCGAACUUGUUUUCUUUUGAGGUGAUUGCUUGUGUUACCGCCCCCUGCAACGACCGUCGUCUGGCAGACUUCACAGUUUAUGGUUUUCUGCUCAUUGUCUGGCUCGUUAUGACCAUGUGCAUGUGAUGGAAGUAGCAGCGGCCUUUUUUACCAGCUCCUCCUCUUCGUCGUGUGCAGCACUUUUCAGCCAUUUCUUGGCUUCAGACAUAACAGUACGGCCUCACACAUUUUCACUGGUUCUACCAGUUCACUGGUAGAGCGUAUAAAAGUAACGUGAAGUCAACUCAUAAGUGCCUUAAACCUGCAUCUCUCGAAUGGCCAGCAGGGGGCGACCCCACUGGCUGGAAGUCUUUGUCACUACAUGGUGAUUUUGGCCACAAACUUGUUUUUGAAUGUGGUUUCAUCUUAGAACUUCGACCCUUUCACGGUGUGUUUUUAGUUCAUGUUUUGUUUUUAGUUUUUCAAAUUUACCACAGGCCUCCAAACCUCUGAAUUACUGUUUUCAGUGCUUUUCAGGAUGGCACAAACUCUAAAUUACCUACAAGUAGGUAGUAGAGGGUGUAGGGAAGGGGGAGGAGUGUAGCUGGUCAGAUUGAGCAGUGUUUUGACCACAAGCGUUACAUUAAAAAAUAUAUAUCUACUUAAAUAACAAAAAUAAUACUUGCGUCAUAAGACAUGACACUGUGGACAUGGUUCUGGGAUAAAAAAAAAAAAAUCAAUUAAGACUCAACUUCAACAGCGACUGACGUAACAGACUCAGCCAAACU